AUGAACAAGAUCCAUGCUAGACUUAUAUCACUAGAAGCAUGGAAACUUGCGAAAGAGCCAAGCAGUCUUGCGCCUCCAGGUGCCAGAAGCAAUAAAGACUUAGAUCUGAUACUGCCAGAGUUAAGGUUAUGGACGGCUCUUGACUUUGCUAACUACUGGGUCUCGGAUUUGGUCAAUAUCACCAGCUGGUUAAUUGGCACUAUACUGCUGCUGGUAGGACUCUCUACUGUCAAUGCUAUUAUGAUUGUGAUGCUCUCAGCUACCGUCAACAUGGCAGAUUUUUCCUGCUUCAGUAAAAGUGCCCGCGGCCAGUGGGCUCAGUUACUAACUAUCCCGAUUAUCAAGACAGUCUAUGCAGUCCUCGGUCUCGCUGUUAUCGGUGCUGGUCAUGUGCUGGACAGCCGAUUCCUAUCCUUCUGUUGCACUAUGCUUUGGAUGCUGGCACAAAUAUCAUGCAAUCUCUUGGCUAAUAUUAUUUCUUUUGGUCACGACAUCAUGGCCAUUAUCCCAGGCUGGAUCAACGUUCGCGCCUCCAAGUUCCUUAUCUUUAUGUCUGUCUACGGAGUCUUUCUUUCCCCGAUCUGCAGCAUUAUGAUUGCGGAUUACUUUAUUGUCUGA